AUGGCUGUCCUCAAGGCCGCUAUCCUCGCUUCACUUGCCAGCGCGGCCGCUGCCAAGUCUGUGCCCGCCAACCUUCAGAAUCUUUACAACUCCAUCAUUGACCAGGGAUCUUGCAAUGACAAGCUUGCUUCUGGAUUUUAUAGCGAGGACAACGACGGUGGUUCUACCUCUUACUGCGGUGACCAUCUCAAUGACUACGGCAUUGUCUACCUCCAGGGCACUGGCGGUAAACUAACUAACAUGGAUGUCGACUGUGAUGGUAUUCAGGGAGGCCCUGCUGAUGACGGUCGCUGUGGCGACUCUUCCGAUACUCAGGAUACCACUGCCUUCGCUGAUACUGUCGCCAGCUACGGCACUGGUCAACAAGAUCUCGACGCCAAUGCCCACCCAUAUGUCGUCUUCGGUAACGACGGCAGCAAACCUGGCUGGAAGACCUUCGAUCCCCAAAGCGUUGGCAUAGAGCCCCUCUCCGUUAUGGCUGUUGUAUGCAACAACCAACUGAUUUAUGGUGUUUGGGGAGAUACCAACGGCGAUGAUGGUGACUUCCCUGUGGUUGGCGAAGCCUCUAUUGCUCUCGCCACUGCCUGCUUUGGCGACAGCAUCAACGGUGAUAGUGGCCAUGAUCAAGAUGAUGUUCUCUACAUCGCUUUCACUGGCUCCGGUGCCGUCCCUGGCGCUCGUGGCGCCCAAUGGAAUGCACAGGACUAUACCGACUUCGAGAACAGUAUCAGUGCCCUCGGUGAUAGCCUUGUCGCGCGUAUCGGCAACAGCUCUGGUGGUGGCGGCGGUAGCACUGGCGGAAGUGGUGGCAGCAGCGGCGGUGGCGGCAGCACUUGUUCAUGGGAAGGACACUGUGCUGGUGCUUCUUGCGGCAGCAAUGAUGACUGCUCUGAUGAUUUGACCUGCAGCAACGGUAUCUGCAGCGGUCACUGCUUCGGUGCUCCUUGCAGCAGCGAUGAUGACUGCUCCGAUCCCUGGGAGUGUGUUAAGGGCACUUGCGGGAACUGA